UAUGUAAGGUUAGCAAACAAAUACUUCUCUGCAAGAGAACAAGUUUAAAUUCCAGCAAUGAGUCCAAUUCUGGCUACAUAUUGUGUAUUGCUAUGGAUUUCAUGUGCAGAAUCUCAGACAUUAAGUCUGGCACCAUCAAAUAAUGCAGUUAAUCUGGGAGAGAGGGCAACUUUCUCCUGUAAUGUUGGAGCCAAGGAUGGUGACUGGGUACGUCUUUUAAAACAGAUACCAGGGAAUGCCCCACAGCUGAUUAUAUAUCAUCACCAUUCAUUCACCUCUCCUAAAUAUGGACCAGGGAUAUCUACUGAUCGUUACACUGCCACCAUUAACAGUGCAGCCACUGAGUAUCAGUUUAUCAUUAAGAAGGCAGAGACAGCAGACACUGCUCAUUAUUACUGUGUGAAAUGGUUUGGCAGCAUAUCUGCAUUCGUCUUCAGUCAAAGCAGCAAACUGAUUGUUACAGUGGAUAAAUUUCCUGAACCUGCCCUCCUGGUGUUUCCACCAUACACUGAAGAUAAUGAAAGUAAGGACAGUUCUACUCUGACUUGCCACAUCAGCAAACUUGCAGUAAGCCUGGUCAAUGUGAAAUGGCUUAUCGAUGGCACAACAGUUCAAGAUGGAGUCUCAACAAGUAACCCUGUCCGGGAAUCAGACAACACUUUUAGCAUGAGUAGUUACUUGACCCUGGCUUCCAAAGAUGUAAACAAAGACCGGAUGUAUUCAUGCAUAAUCCAGCAAGAAGGUUCUUCUGCCUUCAUUUCUAAAGGUGUCAAGUUAUCACAGUGUUAAUGCACUUUGCACUUCUCAUAAAUCCGUGAAACAUGUUAUAUUCUUCUUACUGUUUAGAAAUCCUGGAUUAACAUUCUUUUUUUAUUGUACACACAUGAAGUGCUUAAGGAAUUGAACAGCAAAAUGUUCUUCUAUUUUCUUCUUACUAUCGAAUAAAACUGCUUAUGAUUAUUCUUAUCAUCUGCAACUCUAUAAAACUAGAAAUAUGUUGUAUUUCCUCUAUGUCCAUUUAAUCUUAUAAUGUAAUGCUUCUGAAAUAAUCACACUGUUUUGGCUACACAUAUAUAUCUUUUAAACUCCAAUAAAAAUCAUACUUUCACCAA